AUGUUUGAGAUUCCAAGACAUAAACGCUCUGAAACACACCCAAUUAGCCCUUCAUCUUCAAAGGGCUUAUCACUUUCCCCCACAAAUGUAAUGCCUAGAAGUCGAAUUAUGCGUGACAUUCAAACAAUGAGAAAAGUCUCGUCAAGAGGCACUUUAACAAACCCAAAAGUGGCUUGGGUUGAAGAAAAACCUAAAGUAAUAAGGAUUACAAAAUCCCGCAGUAACCGUCCAAGCCCAGAAUCUAAUGUCAGAAGUCGCAAACUUCCACGGCUUUUAAUACCUGAUCAGCUAUUAUUAGAAGAGCAAAAAAAAUUGCCAUUCACUCCUUCAGGUACCCUUAUAGGAGAUUCUAAGUCAAAACCAUCCAGUGCCAAAAAAAGGACGGCAAGUAUGAUUUCUCCUCCUAUAUCGCCUAUAUAUGCAAGCGUAACAAAUAUAGUCACUCGCUGUGCUUAUAAAACCAGGGCUGGAAGCAUGAUGGGGAGGCCAAAAAAAUAUAACCAGGAUGCCUUUGUUAUUCAACCUCUUUUGCAAGGUAUCAAAGGGCAAUAUCUUUUUGCUGUAUGUGACGGACAUGGGGUUUUUGGACAUGAAGUCUCAGGAUUUCUAAAAGAAAAACUCCCAAUUGCAGUAGAACAAGGACUUCCUGAGAAUGACUCACAAAUAAAUCUAUAUGCUCAGGCUUUAGUAAAUGGAAUAUUAACUGUAGAGAGACUUGUCCAGGAAAGUAUGAUUAAUGCAGAGUUCUCUGGAAGCACACUUGUAUCACUUUUUAUCAGAGGAUCUUCAAUAAUAUGCGGAAAUGUAGGAGAUUCCAGAGCAGUUUUAGCACAAAAGUAUGAAAAUGCAUGAAAUACUGUAGAUUUAUCAAGAGAUCAUAAGCCUGAUCUACCUGAUGAAAGUGCGAGAAUAAUAAGGGCUAAUGGAAGAAUUGAGCCUUAUUAUGAUGAUAAUGGACAGCCUUUAGGCCCAUACAGAGUAUGACUUCAUGACCAACAAAUUCCUGGCUUGGCUAUGUCUAGAUCUAUUGGUGAUCUAGUCGCAAAAUCAGUUGGGGUUUCAGCUGAGCCAGAAAUCGUCAUAAGAAAGCUAGAACCACAAGAUAAAUUCAUUAUACUGGCUUCUGAUGGAGUAUGGGAAUUCAUAAGUAGUCAAGAAGCUGUAGAUAUCGUAAAAGAAUCCUGAGAAUCAGGCAAAACAGAAGCCUGCUGUGAUAGACUGGUCAAAGAAGCAGUCAUCAGAUGGCAAAAAGAAGACGAGUCAAUUGACGACAUCACAGUCAUUGUGAUUUUUUUAAAUGUUUUAAAUUAA